AUGGGUGACCAAAUGCAGCAGAACUUUCUAGCAAUGCUUGCUGCGCAAGCAGUCAAUCAAAAUAAUAUGCCUAUGAAUUUACUCUUCCCAAAUAUGAACUUUCCUCCGGCAAAUGCAUUAGAUAUGUUGCUUUGGAAUAAUGUAAUGCAGUUAUCACAGCCUGGAUUUUUUGUCCCACAGCAGCAACUACCGCAAGAAUCAUUUGAAGAAGUAUUGCAUAGAAUGGCUGGUGUUAGUUCAACAUCAGCCAGUAUUUCAGGUAGUGGUAAUCAACAGACUGCUGCUGAAGUUGACAGUAGAGAAUCAUCAUCUCAACCUAUAGGUUAUUCAGUAUCUGACAUAGCUUCCACUUCUACAACAAACUUAGGUCUUUUAAAUAUUGAUCCAGAUUCACCUACAAAAGGUUUAGAACCGGGUGAAAUACCUAAACGCAGAGAUAACAACCGAUCGAGAAAUGGUAUCUCUUCUCUACCUACAAAUCAAGUACCGUCGACUUCAGGGAUUUCAUUAAAUUCAAAUAUUCUGGAAGCAUCAGCGCGUUGCUAUGCAGCAUUGGCUGCCUCAGCUUCUCAACAGCAGCAACAACAACAGCAACAACAACAACUGCAACAAAACGAAAUUUUAGCUGCAGUAUUGCAAAAUGCUGCUAAUUUUGAACGAGCUCGAUUUGCAGUUGCAAACACGGUUACUCCUUCCAUUCGUCAGGGCAGUAGUAAUACGUGUGUUAACAGUGUUGGUAAUCCUUCUUUGAAGCGAAUCACAACAGCUCAUCAGCAUGUUUCGAAUACAAGCUGUAAAAAAGAAGACAAUUCUCGCGCAUCUGGCUCGCUACCAGCUUCAUCUACAUCAUCUCGAUUAAACGAGUCGCCUUUGGAUUUAUCGUUUCGUAAGUCGAAGAGUGGAUCAAAGGAGCGUGGACGUAGUUUUGCUGAUCACGCAAGCGGUGUAGAUUCUGAAAGUUCAAGAAAGCGUACUCAAGUAGAUGCAUCUUUGAUACGCAUACCACUUAAAUCUGGCUGGAGACGCCAGACUUGUAUACGCACAAUAAGUGCUAGUGGUGUAAGAGGUGACGUUAUUUAUUAUGCACCAUGUGGUAAAAAACUUGGUUCAUAUGCUGAAGUAACACGAUAUCUUACAAAAAAGAAUAUCAAAAAUAUUGGCAGAGAAAAUUUUAGCUUCAGUUGCAAAGUUAUUGUUGGUGAAUACAUUUUAUUUAAAGAUGACAAAGAUGGUUCUAAGGUUCCUGAUAGAGUAUCAGAAGAGAAGAUUCUGGCUGAAAUAGCUAAUUGUUCUGCUACUAAUACUGUUCGUAGAUCAUCUGGUGCUCAUGUUAAAGCACCAAGUUCUUUAGCAGGGACUGAUCAGUCAUCAACGUUCGUUUCAGCAGUUGAUAAAAAUUCAAUGAAAUUAAUGGAAGAAGCUACUCUUCGACAGUUACAUCGACAGUUAUUGCGUCGUCAAGGAGAACAACAUAUGUAUGCUCAGUUAUUACUUUCCUUGUGUCAGGGUCAGCAACUGCAGCAGCGUCAUCUUCAGUUACAGCAGCAGCAACUGCCUUUGAUAACAACGGGAGAUUUGCUCGAGAACCAGAAAUCAAGAAACCUAAGUGCUGGAGCUGUCAAUAUUGCUGUUAUAUCCACUUCUACCACUAUUUCUACUUCAGCAACUACUACUACCACUGCUGUUCCUACAGUGAUCAUUCCAAAUACUGGUGCAGUUGAAACGAAGCCGACUAAAUCUGAUCUGACGGAUGAAGAAAGACAGGAAGAGCGUCUAAAAGCACUUCGACUACCAACAGAUGAUCUUUUGAUUGAAGAAGCACGAAAAUUGCCGACACUUGAUUCCAUUGAAAAUCUUAGCGUCAAUGCACCUACAUUUGCAAAUGUUCUGAUGGUCGAUGAAUUUGUGCGCAAUUUCGGGCAUGUUUUAAGAAUUGAUCCAAACACUCUACCGACCCUGAAUGAAUUCUUGGCUGGCCUGCAGAAUGAUCCUGUUCAUCUCAAAAGUUUUCUUUUACUUACCAAAACUUUACUGCAGUUGGUCCUAGAAUACCCUGGAUUACCAUCAGGAAUCGCUGGACGGACUCCACUCGGCCAGGCCUUAAAGGAUGUGGGUGUUCAUCGAGAAAAUUAUUCAGAAUUGCUGAAAAUGUUUCUUCUCUCACGUGAUGAAGAAGGAAAAAGGCUUGGUGCGAAAUUAGAAGGCAGUUCAUUUGAAUGCUUGGAUCCAGAAUCAAAAGCUAGUAUUUUGGCUUUCUUGUGCAAUGAGCUUUUAUAUUGUCGUAAUGUUGUACGGGAUAUUGAAUCAAAUAUGGAGGAAAUGACACGAUUGAAAGGUGAAAAAUGGCUUCGUGAAGGUAAAUCACGCGCUCUGCGAGCAGUACAGACUCGUAAACGAGCAGCUCUGAAACGGCUUAGACAUGAUAUUAAAGACGAGGAUGUUGCCUCAAGUCGAGCAGGAACUCCUGGUUCGGAGCCUUCAGAAUCAUCAGAAGAAGUGGAAUCGUUGCUGCAACCAUCUCGAUUGAAAGCUCUCACACCAGGAUUGGGUCAAUGUGAUGUAUUAACUGAAGAAGAGGAAGCUAUGACUGUUGAUGAAUUAGAGGCUUAUAUAGGAAGACUGAAUUGCGAAGUAGAAGAGCUGCGUGAGAGGCAUAACUUAUUAAUCAAUCGUGUCCGUAUUCAACCCAUUGGACAGGAUCGGUUCCACCGCUUUUACUGGGUGCUACAGCGUAUUGGUGUACCUCUCGUGGAAAGCAUUGCUUCUUCAAGCCUUCAUAACCCUGCAAUUAAUGUUGAUGUCACGUGCCGACAAGAUCCACCUUCUAUUGUCGAGGACCCUCAAAUUUUCAUCAAUCCAGACAUUAUUGCAUGUGUGGAAGAUAUUUUGGAUAUUUUGUGUGGUAGCGAAGAACGUCCAGACAAAGGAAAAAAAGUACGACUCAGAAGACUGGACAAUAAAUGUAAACGUGGUUGGUGGAUGAUAUCUAAUGCAAAACUAAUGGAACAGCUGCGAGGAGCUUUUCAUGGCAGAGGAAUACGAGAACGAAUAUUACAUCGUGUGCUCAACAAAGAUAAUCUGACAUUCAAACCAAUGAAACUAGAACGUGUUAGUAGACCGCUAACGAUCAACGAAAUCAAUAAAGCAAUGAUAAAUCGGAUUUCCUCGCUUAUCACAUCAUUUGAACAGAAAAUAGUCGCUGCAAAUGUCCACUGUCGUCCAAUGCCUUCAACUGGAGAUGGCCGAGACGAUGAUGCAGAAAGUGAAGUUAGUCAGGAUGCUUGGAUGUUUGAUGAUACUUAUGAGUUUGUCAAUGAUGCGGAAGCAGAAGAAAAACGUUCCUUUGUGGAAUGGGAUUCUUUUAAGAAGCUAAAAGAGCGACUAUUAGAAGCAGAGAAAAGUAUUGAACGUCGUUAUUUACUGCAUCGUUACUAUGCAGGGACAACGAUACCUGCCGAAAAAAUACUAUUUACGCAACAGCAAAAUGUUCAAAAUGGCAGUAAUAAUGUUGAUGCAAGUGCUGUCGUAGAUGGAGGCGAACCUCAAUCAGAACCUUCAGAAUCAUCAAGUACGAGUUGCCAUUAUGAUGGUGAAGCCAUUGCAGUAGACGAAAGUGGUAAUACUGAACUUUUGCAACGCUGGCGAGAUUAUGUACAAAAAGCUAAAACUGGUGGGCAGAUCAUGUUUGCGAUACAGGCAUUAGAUUCAGCUAUUGCUUGGGAAAAGUCGAUAAUGAAAGCAAGUUGUCAGAUUUGUCGGACAAGUGAAAAUGAAAGUCAGCUGCUGCUUUGUGAUGCAUGUGAUAUGGGUUAUCACAUGUACUGUUUUCGUCCACGAAUAGCGGUGGUUCCAGAUGGUGAGUGGUACUGUCCUCUAUGUGUCCAGCGUGCGUGCCGCAAAGUUGUUUGUCUUUUGUGCUCUAAGUGGAAUCAGCCGAACUCGCAUCCGAUUGAACCGAUUAUUGUGUGUUCCAAAUGUUACAAUGGUUAUCAUAUCUCCUGUUUUGAUCGUUCGCCUACAGUUAGUGACCCGAAACAAUGGACUUGUCCAGGUUGUCUUAAUGCGGAUGGUUUUUCAUCGGAGCUUGCCAACUCCCUUCUUAAUGGUGAUGUAGAAAUGCUCGUUACUCAACCAGAAGGACAAGGAAAGCAAAUUGUUCAUGUGCAGGAAGAAACAAGCGGUGGCAAGCAAGAAACCCCACGACACAGGCGAAGAAUGACACCGGCUGAUUACGACUUUCCUCCGGAUAUGAUGAAGAACCUUUUCUAUUCGAUGGUUGAAGAAUUGUGGGCAAGACCGGAGUCCACACCAUUUCAAUAUCCUGUAGAUACUAAAGAAGUGCCAUUCUACAAAAAAGUUAUCAAGAAACCAAUGGAUUUGCAUCAAAUACGACUAAAUAUUGAAGUCAAUAAAUAUGCGACCCAAGAAAGUUUCAUAGAAGAUGUGGAACUAAUUUUUGAAAACUGCCGAACGUUUAACGAGGAUGAGUCACCAGUUGGGCAGUUGGGAGCGGCACUGCACAAAUUUUAUGUUAAGCGCUGGAAGCAAUUACGAUAUAAUUAUUCGAAACGUCUGAAACGUUUGAGAAAUCCACGAACAGUUCAUUCUGUAGCAGUGGCUUCGUCUUCCUCUCCAGUGAUUGAGACUUCGUGUCCAGACCUUUAUUCCUGA